CGCCCCGCCUUUAUAUUAUCCUGCCCCUCUUGUCUUCCUCCCCAAGAAGCGAAAUCCGAUCUAGAAGCUCCCCCUCCCUCUCGCUGCCUCCCACCCGAACCCAAUCUAGCUCGCCGAGAUGGGCCGCAAGUUCUUCGUCGGUGGCAACUGGAAAUGCAACGGAACCACUGAUCAGGUUGACAAGAUUGUCAAAACUCUGAAUGAAGGACAGGUUCCCUCUCCAGAUGUUGUUGAGGUCGUUGUCAGUCCUCCUUAUGUGUUCCUUCCUGUGGUCAAGAGCCAGCUGCGCCCAGAGUUCCAAGUUGCUGCUCAGAACUGCUGGGUGAAGAAGGGUGGUGCUUUCACUGGUGAAGUCAGUGCUGAGAUGCUCGUCAACCUUGGCGUUCCCUGGGUCAUUCUUGGACACUCUGAAAGGAGAGCUCUGUUGGGAGAAUCAAAUGAGUUUGUUGGAGACAAAGUUGCCUAUGCACUGUCUCAGGGACUAAAGGUUAUUGCAUGCGUUGGUGAGACCCUUGAGCAGAGGGAAGCUGGAUCGACCAUGGAUGUUGUUGCUGCACAAACAAAAGCAAUUGCUGAGAAGAUCAACGACUGGAGCAACGUGGUUCUUGCCUACGAACCAGUCUGGGCCAUUGGAACCGGAAAAGUUGCCACCCCAGAUCAGGCUCAGGAAGUGCAUGCGUCCCUGAGGGAUUGGCUAAGGACCAAUGUCAGCCCUGAGGUUGCCGACUCUACCAGGAUCAUCUACGGAGGCUCUGUGACUGGUGCAAACUGCAAAGAGCUGGCGGCAAAGCCUGAUGUUGAUGGUUUCCUCGUCGGUGGUGCUUCUUUGAAGCCUGAGUUCAUCGACAUCAUCAACUCGGCCACCGUGAAGUCCGCCUAAAAUGUCCCACCCUCCCACCCCGGACGUGGAGAUCUGCUAAAGAGGAACAGACUUGUUAUCCGUGCUAUGUACGCUACUAAUUUUGCGCUUGAGCUUGCUAAUAAUGUUUACCUCUGAACAUACCAAUAAUGGUUUUUGGUUAGCCCCUUUUUCGUGGUGAGGCACAUAACACCAGUUCUGUGACUUACGCUCGGUUUUUCUUUAUUUCGAUUACAUUAUCCACUGAGCUUGGCAAA